GGGGCAGAGCCGCCGGUUGCCGGCUCUAUGCUGCCCGCCCCGGCGCUCGGAGCCCGCCCCGGGGGGAUGCCGGUGCUGGGAUUGCUGCUGGGAUAACCCCCGCCGCCCUCCUCCGCCUGCUGCUGCUGCUGCCCGGUCCGGACGGAGGAUGCUGCCCGGGUUGUGGGGGACUCUGACCAGGGGAUUAGCGGCAGCGUCCUCUCCUCCGGCUCCGAGCGCUCGUGCUGCCCCUGGAGCAGCCGCCUCCCCCGGGGAGCGAUGACUUCAAAGCACCAGGCGGACUGGAUCCCGUACAGUGUUUUAGAUGAUGAAGGUAGCAAUCUGCGUCAACAGAAGCUUGACAGACAGCGAGCAUUGCUAGAACAGAAGCAGAAAAAAAAACGCCAGGAGCCACUAAUGGUUCAGUCCAAUGUAGACAGCCGCACAAGAACACGAAGAAUGAAACAUUCAGAGGAACAAGCGCCGUUGGUUGAAUCGUAUCUUAACAGCAACAGUAGCACCAUUUUUCAUGCAGUUCAGGAGGCCGAGCAGGAAGAUGUAAAGGUGGUAGCAGAUGCUCAAGCUCCAAAAUCGACUAAAAAAACCAAAGCAGCAGCUGCAAGCUGUCAAAGUGGCAGCACGAGAAAGGAGAAAAAGGGGAAACACAAAGGAAUUGAUGGCCCUGCUGCAUUUCAAGAUGAUGUUCAGGAGGUAGGAAGCCAAAUUCAGAUUCUUACUGUCGGGCAGUCUAGCCACAAUGAAGAUGAUGGAGAGACGGUGGCUAGUGGCCAACAACAAAGCAGGCAGGACCUUAGAGUAACAAUGCAGAAAAAGGAUCCCCACGCAAAUACAUCCUGGUCCACUUCCACCUCCCAAUCCAGUCUUGUGGCCCUGGAUCAUGUCCCAGGCAUUUCAAGCAGCAUGAAUUUUGAUGAAGAGGAUGAGGAUGAUGAAGACAGCUCAAGUUCCUCCCAGUUAAACAGUAACACCCGACCUGGCUCUGCAACAAGCAAGAAAUCAAACAAGGAGGCAGCCUCAGCUCCCAGUCCUUCCGCAAAUGAGCCUGUCAUAGAUGUUGAUGACCUGGAGGAGUUUGCUGUGAGACCUGCUCCACAGGGCGUCACCGUCAAAUGCCGAAUCACAAGAGACAAGAAGGGAAUGGACCGAGGAAUGUACCCUACCUAUUACCUCCACUUGGAAAGGGAGGAUGGUAAAAAGGUAUUUCUAUUAGCUGGAAGGAAGCGAAAGAAGAGCAAAACCUCUAAUUACCUCAUCUCUAUAGACCCAACUGACCUGUCUCGAGGUGGAGAGAGUUUCAUUGGCAAACUAAGAUCAAAUCUUAUGGGGACUAAGUUUACAGUAUAUGACAAUGGAGUAAAUCCAAUGAAAACAACAUCAAGCCUAGAAGCAAGUAACCUGCGUCAGGAGCUAGCUGCUAUUUGCUAUGAAACAAAUGUCUUGGGAUUUAAAGGACCUCGCAAAAUGAGUGUGGUCAUACCGGGAAUGAAUAUGGACCAUGAAAGAGUUUCUAUCCGACCACGUAAUGAACAUGAAACGCUUCUUGCAAGAUGGCAGAACAAAAAUACGGAGAGCGUCAUUGAGCUGCAUAACAAAACUCCGGUCUGGAAUGAUGACACCCAGUCCUAUGUUUUAAAUUUCCAUGGUCGAGUCACACAGGCCUCCGUGAAAAACUUCCAAAUUAUUCACGAUAAUGAUCCUGACUAUAUAGUGAUGCAGUUUGGCCGUGUGGCUGAGGAUGUAUUCACCAUGGACUACAACUACCCAAUGUGUGCACUACAAGCCUUUGCUAUUGCCCUCUCCAGCUUUGACAGCAAAUUGGCUUGUGAGUAAACAGGAGAGGUAGAGUCUCCACACAGCUGAGCAGUAUGCCACAAGGGAAAACAACAUGAUUCCAAAUACUCACUGGUAUCAUUUAUUGUUCAUAGAAACCAGGCCAGGUAAAAUUAAUUUUUGGAACGACCACCAUGUUGCUGGGGAGAAAAUAAUUGGAAUCUUUUAAACAUUCAGGACAUUCAGGAAAUAUUGUUUUAUCUGUUAUGUAUUUUUCUGGAAGUGGCAUCAAGUUUCUGUAAAUAAAAGUCCUGUCUGAUAUUCUUAGCUAUGUUAUGGAGAGGUGCCAUGAUGUACCGGACCAUGGCUCAAGUAACACCAUUCCCAGUGGUGUCUUUUCUAAAUCCAUGAAAGCUAUCUUAAAAAAAAAAGUCUGUUUUUAUGUUUAAGAAGUAUUCAGAGGCUGUAAUCAGACCUCAAGCUUGUGUUGAAUACUUUGAAGUUCACAUCACCCGACACGGAAGAAAAGAUCACCAAAAAAGAUGCACUUUUUGAACAGACGAGGAUCUCAUGUAAUAUAAAACCAAGCCUAAGGGUGGAAGACCUAUAUUGGACUGCACUUGAUUUGUUGCUAUUAUUUAUGUGGAGGAGCAGGGUGAGUUUUAAUUAUAGUAGGAGAAAAAGGAGAAGUAGACAGCACAAAAUAAUGUUGCACAAGUCACUUGAAUUCUAAGGUGUCAUUUUUUAUGUUUUAACAUCUAUUUGCUUUUAAGUUCUAUUUCAAAUGAAAACCUAUUGGAAUUCUAGAAAGGGGGAAAAGACUCUGAAUGCCAGCAUUUCGGCAUGCUGGGUCUUGGGUAUUGUAUCCUUAUAUAUCCCUAUAUUAAUUCAGAUACAUAUUUUGUGUCAAGUGAUAUAAAUAUUUGGAUAAAGAUAGCUUCACAGAGCUGCAUCAUUAUUUUAAGCCAGUUGUGUGAAUGACUAAGGAAAGUAAUAGAAAUAAUAUAUUAAAUUAUU